UCUGAGGGGCACGGGGCGGGCAGGGCCGAGCUGGCCCUAGGAGCCCGGGCUGGCGCCCCGCGGGACGCGCAGGGCCCUCGCACCGCCCGGCGGAGCCCGGGCCUGAGGGCUAGACUGAGAAAGUUCCUUGAGAAUUCGGGUUAUUACAGAAAAGAAGCAGCAAUAAUUUGGGGGAGAACUCGAAGCUUUUGAAAUUCCCGCAUCUAACAAUUAAAGUGCUUCCUCCAAAAAGAAGGAGCGACCACUGACAGCGGCAGUGCAGCGGAUUGUCUCUCCUCCGGUCUGGUAGGUUAUGCGGUAACGAUGGAGGCUUCAGAUGAGGAAAACUUUGGUGUAGCCAUCUCCUCCCCUUCUGAUGCAGAGUUUGAUGCAGUUGUUGGGUAUCUGGAGGAUAUUAUAAUGGAUGAUGAUUUCCAGUUAAUACAGAGGACUUUUAUGGAGAAGCACUACCAGGAGUUUGAUGACUCAGAAGAAAACAAGCUCAUCUAUACUGCUAUUUUUAAUGAAUAUAUCUCACUAGUAGAGAAAUACAUUGAAGAAAAACUACUUGAUCGGAUUCCUGGUUUUAAUAUGACAGCUUUCACAAUGUCAUUGCAACAGCACAAAGACGAAAUGGCAGGUGAUAUAUUUGACAUGCUUCUCACAUUUACUGACUUCCUGGCUUUCAAAGAAAUGUUCUUGGAUUACAGAGCUGAAAAGGAAGGUCGAAGUCUGGAUUUAAGCAGUGGAUUAGUGGUGACAUCAUUAAACAAAUCAUCAAUAUCCUCCUCCUAGAACAGUUCAUGCACUACUUUCCUUUUCCAGAUGAGUGCUACUGCUUUCAUUUGGACAUUAAAACACUAAAGGUCACAAGAAUCAAGGUGCUUUUACAUGAUGAAAACUUUCACCCUCCAGUCUAUGCUGUCAGAUACCUGAUCCUAGAAACACGUUGGUAUUCAAUAACCACAGAAGAAGGAAAUUUCAACCCUACCACUGUAAUUGUUUUUAAUAAAUACAUAGUAUUUGUGCACCAUUCUAAUUGUUGCACACAGUGAGAAGCUCAGCACGCUGAGGGCAAUAGAUAGGGCUGUACGUGUGUUUUAUGGGUUGACAUCUUAACCAUCUCCCCAGAAGGCAGAACUUCUCAGAAUCAAGAAGGUAGUGUAAAAAGUGUGUCUGUCCAGCUCUUGGAAGGACAGAUGCAAAUACAUAAUGCUGAGUUUCUCCUUGUCAAUGCCUUUUUUCUUUUUUUUUUUUUUAACUUUAUAUGAUCUUGCGUGCUACGGCUUUCUAGUGGAGGAAUAUAUUUUAGUAUGUAGAUGUUCCAGCAUGAGACUGCCUCCCUGCUCUGUGAGAAUUGAUAUGCUAGUGUGCAAAUCUGUCUGCUCUUUGGCUAAAGUAAGUCUCAUCCUUAAUGUGUGAAGUUCUCUUGUUCACUUUUGUUCAGGCCCCAGCUAUUCUACACUGAAAAAAUAACCGUGAAAAAUCCAAAUCUGGCCUAUGUCUGUAGUUUCUUACUUUCCGUUUGGCAGUGGCAGAGCUGUGUUCGUUCUAGUACUGUAGGCAUGAUGGUAGAUUGGGCACAGCCAUGUUUACCAUCAUGUCAUUUACUGCUCUAAAUAGCAUGCUGAUGCAAAUGCAUGUUUUUGCUCUCGGACUGUUGGCAACAUUAACAAAGCAACACAUUUUUCAACAUGAGUUGAAAAAUAGAUGAGUUGCUUGCUAGUGGAGCUGCAGCCAUAAGCCUGUCACAAAAUCCCAGCUGCAUCUCUGAUGGCGCUUGGAGUUAAAAUGUAUUUGAAGCUACAAAUGAGCCGCUGUUCUUAUGCUGUUCAGACACAUUAAGCAGCAGAUUAAUGACAUGCUCAGGCAAAGCAAGUACAUCUUUAAAAGUGUAAGAGUAGACAGAAACACAGAGUGCGUGAUUGAUGCCGCAGGGGAGAUGGGCUGCAGUGGUGGUGAAGGUGCUGGUCAGCGGCUGUUGCCUGAUGAGAACCUAGAUGGAGCUGAACUGUGGCCAGGCCAUUACCAGUUUUUGUUUGUGGACAGGAAAUGUCUACCAGAACAAACGAGAUGAAAUGCUGUUCCUGUUGACCUCUGCCAGUCAUUUCAACGGUACUAGGCUUUUAUUCUUGAACUGAAAUAGUUCUUUUGAAUACCAGUGAGGAAUCCUUGCCACACAGGCGUUUUCCAUGAGCACAGAAAUCAGUGCUCUGAUGUGCACAGGCAAAGGCAGUGUGCACAAGAAGAGGCAGUGCUCUGAGGCGCUUAUUCCCAGUGAAAGAAAAAAAAAAAAAAAAGAAAACAUUGGGUUGUGUUUUGAAUACAAACUAGAUGCAGCUUCCUUCCCAUUUGAAUCCUGAGGUUAAAAUUGCAGAGUUUAAGACAGAUCUAGUUGGCUUUCUGCUGUUAGUGUAUGGACUGGAGCUCUUAAGUUAACUUCUUGCCUGUGACUUUUUAAUGACAGCAGCAGAUUUGAUCAUCUUUUAAAAGAAUUCUUUUGAAAUAUUUUAAUUGUUAAUUGUUGAGCUAAAAUAAUUGUUUGCAACUAAAACUAAAAAUGUUCCUGACAUUUUUUUACUGGAAAGAUAUUUUUUCUUCUUUUUCUGUUGCAAUUGCUCUAGAUGAUUAUGUAAAAUAACAGCAGUCUGAAUGAAUACCUCAGACAGUUCCUUACUGGAGGGAGUUUGUUGUAUUUUAAGCAAGCUCUCUUGUAAUUGUUAUGGUUGAAUUCAUAUAUUGAUGGGGACUUGUGUCUCAGUGUUAACUGUAUACCAAAGUCACUAUUCACCAUUUCACAGAAGUGUGGUGCUUCAUUUCUUGCUGCUGAUAGAUCUGUACUAUUCUGCUUUCUUAACUCACUAAUUUACAAUUUAGCAUUUUCAGAUUAAUUUAUUUUGUGAAAUAACAUAAGUAGCAUGUUAAAAUAGCUUUAACAGCUUAGUUGUGAGGUGGGGGUGUAGUUAAGCUCUCUGUAUUAUGAAGGUUUUUCACAGCCAAAUACAGCCAUUCAUGCUGUUUGUAGGUAUUCAGGUGUAUCGAUAACAACUCAUAAUGAAGUUUGUUGUUGUUGCUCCUUUUUCAUUUCAAUUUUAGACCACAGUCUUCACCACAAAAGUUUGCAACAAAACUCCCCCAGUUUGAGUGGAGCCAUUCAGACAGAAUCCUUUCUGCUUCUGUACUGCUGUUGCUAUAUGUGAAGAAUAUAUUCUAUAUUUCUCAUCUCUCUGUGACACUUCCAUGACUAGUCUCUGGCUCGAUGUGUUUUCCGUCACGCAGAGGGUCUUUUUUAAGAGAUUAAAUUUCUAUAUAUGAUGGA